AAAGACAAACCUGAGAUCUUUUUUUCUUCCAAAGAGAAAAGUCAAAAACCAACAGAAGAAUUUGAAUUUUCUCUUCUUCUCCUUGGAAAUGUCUGACUCAAGCAGAUCGCUGAUCCCGAGUUUCCUCUACUCGUCCGAUCAUCAUCGUCUGUUUCAGUCGCCGGAGCCUUCCACGACCAUGACUCAUGUUAAAUCACGGCCGACUUCUUCAGCCUCAUCUAACGGUUCCAGUUUCGCCAUCGCGACGCCGAACGAAAAAGUGGAAAUGUACUCGCCAGCAUACUUCGCGGCGUGUACGGUCGCCGGGAUGUUGUGCUGCGGUAUCACACACACGGCGAUUACGCCUCUCGAUGUCAUCAAAUGCAACAUGCAGAUUGAUCCACUCAAGUACAAGAACAUAACUUCUGCUUUCAAGACAACAAUCAAAGAACAAGGGCUCAAGGGUUUCACCAGAGGCUGGUCACCAACACUUCUCGGGUACAGUGCCCAGGGAGCUUUCAAAUACGGUCUCUAUGAAUAUUCCAAGAAAUACUACUCAGACAUUGUUGGACCAGAAUACGCAGCCAAAUACAAGACCUUGAUUUACCUCGCUGGCUCGGCUUCUGCAGAAAUCGUCGCUGAUGUGGCUCUUUGUCCAAUGGAAGCUGUCAAAGUCAGGGUCCAGACUCAGCCUGGUUUCGCCCGCGGUUUAUCUGAUGGUUUACCAAAGAUCAUCAAAUCCGAAGGCUUCCGCGGGUUAUACAAAGGCCUUGUUCCUCUCUGGGGACGCCAGAUUCCAUAUACGAUGAUGAAAUUUGCUACUUUUGAAAACACUGUGGAGCUCAUAUACAAGAAAGUGAUGCCUACCCCAAAAGAAGAGUGCUCAAAGCCAGUUCAGCUCGGUGUUAGCUUUGCAGGUGGAUACAUUGCUGGAAUUUUCUGCGCCGUCAUCUCACAUCCUGCAGAUAACUUAGUCUCUUUCCUCAAUAACUCUAAAGGAGCAACCGUUGCUGAUGCGGUAAAGAGGCUAGGAUUAUGGGGUAUGUUUACCCGCGGCCUUCCUCUUCGCAUUUUCAUGAUAGGAACACUCACUGGAGCGCAAUGGGUUAUCUAUGAUGCUGUCAAAGUUUUAGCUGGAUUGCCAACCACUGGUGGUGCUUCUCCAGCUACAACGCUUGCUUCAUCUUUUCAACAGAACCAAUCCAAGAGGGACUACAACUCUUGAGAUGGACAAUGGAAAGAUUUGUGUAACUUUGUAGCAUUCCAUAUUUUAUACAUUAUGUUUUCUUAUAAAAAUUAUGAAAAUGA